AUGGUCAUUCCAGUCGGGAGCGAAGAGGAGUACCGCGCACUCAAGCAGUUGAGCAGCUUCGGUCUUGGUGGUAUAAAGGACGGUAGCUCCUCCUCUUCCUCAUUCAUCAUCCUGGAUCGCAUCACUGUUAACAUGGCCCGGUCAGAGAGCUUAUGCCAUCUGGAGAGGCUACAGGAUUAUGAUAUUGUUGCAUUACGACCUGAGAGUGAUUCUGUUAUAUGGACACUACUUGGCGAUGAGACACUCCGGAACCAAGUUGAUGUCAUAUCCCUCGACUUGAGCCCCAAUGGAGCUUCUGCGCAGGUUACCCUGAAACGUGGUCUGGUCGAGGCGAUCCGCAAAGCAGGUUUGUUUAUAGAGCUAGAUUUGGGCGAGUACAUGAGAAGCCUUGGUGAUCAACGGGCUGAGAUACUGGCACGGGGCGCCUACAUUCUACGAUGGUCUGGUCAUGGUGAUGGGGUAAUACUUACCUCCGGUGCCCGAAAUAUAAUGGACGUUCGAUCUCCUACCGAUUUCGACAAUUGGGGCCGGGCUUGUCUCGAGGAGGUUCACAUCGAUCACGUCGAUUCAUAA